UUCCUCAUCCUGUCAGAUAGAGGAACUGACCGUUGUGCGGCUGCUGUUCUGUCAACACUCCACAUCCUCUCCGCCCUCGUCUCGGAUCAUCAUGAGCAGAUAGAAGAGAAGAAACAGCAGCAACGACAGAGGAGGAGAAGAGUCCACGUCACGUGUGAAGAUGCCUCGCUCGGCGCCGCGGGGCGAGAUGACGGAGUACAAGAAGAUCCUGAUCAAGCGGGACAUGGAGAUGGGCGUCGUCAUGACGGUGUUCCGGCAGAAGGCGGAGCGGCUCACCGUGCAGGUCAUCAUGGAGACGCGGCAGGUGGCCUGGACGCGCACCGCGGACAAGACCGACGGCGUCCUCGACCUGUUUGAGAUCCGAGAGAUUCGUCCCGGGAGAAACUCCAAGGACUUUGAGCGAUUCCGAGACGGGAAGGACAAACACGAGGAGAACAGCUGCUUCACCGUCUUCUACGGAUCGCAGUUCGUCCUCAACACCCUCAGUCUGGGAGCUGAUUCGGUGGAGGAGGCUCAGAAGUGGCUGAUCGGACUGGAGCUGCUGAGGCAAGAGACGGUGGCUGCUCCGACUCCGGUUCUCAUAGAGAGUUGGCUGAGGAAGCAGAUGUAUUCUGUCAAUCAGACCAAAACAAACAGCAUCUCCAUGAAGGAGCUGAAGACUCUGCUUCCUCUGCUCAACUACAAGGUCCCGAGCUCGCGAGUGCUCAGAGACAAAUUACAGGAAGUGGGAGCAAAGAAAGAUGGCCUGGACUUUGAGCAGUUUCAUAAAUUGUACAACCUUAUAAUGUUUGAACAGAAUGAGAUCCUCGAUGAGUUCAAAAAGGAGUCGUGUGCUUUUAUUCUGGGUAACACAGAUAAACCAGACGCCUCCGUGGUUCUGCUCCACGACUUCCAACGAUUCCUCAUCUACCAGCAAAAGGAAUCCUGGGCCAAUGAUUUGAACCAGGUCCGAGAACUGAUGACGACCUUCAUCGACGACACCAUGAGGAAAACCAACGACCCCGAGUUCACCGUCAGCGAAUUCCUCGGUUUCCUGUUUUCUAAGGAGAACUCUGUGUGGGACGAGAAGUUCUCCGUGAUCAGCAACCUGGACAUGAACAAUCCUCUGUCCCACUACUGGAUCAACUCCUCGCACAACACCUACCUGACAGGUGAUCAGCUUCGCAGUGAGUCGUCCACAGAGGCGUACGUGCGCUGCCUUCGUCUGGGAUGUCGCUGUGUCGAGUUGGACUGCUGGGAAGGGCCCGGGGAGCCAAUCAUCUACCACGGCUGGACCAGAACCACCAAGAUCAAGUUCGAGGACGUUGUCAAAGCCAUCAACGAUCACGCGUUCGUCACCUCAGAGUUCCCAGUGAUCCUGUCCAUAGAGGAGCACUGUCCCUUAGAUCAGCAGCGUCAGAUGGCUCGCAUCUUCAGAGACGUGUUCGGACACAAGCUGCUGACUGAACCUGUGGAGCACAUGGCCGAGCAGCUGCCUUCGCCCACGCAGCUGAAGGGCAAGAUCAUACUCAAGCACAAGAAGCUCAGCGUGGAGGAAGGAGGGAUCAGUAAAGACUUUAGGAAAGGGCAGAAACAGGGAGACCUGGAGAUCUGGGACCCUGUGGACCAGCUGUGGAACCAACACUACUGUGUGAUCCGAGACGACACGCUGUACUACGCUGAGGAGGAGGAGCGGGAAGAAGGAGAUAGGAAGGACCUGCACUGUUCAGAGUUGUGGUUCCACGGUCGCAUGAAAGAGGGCAGGCUGAUGGCCGAGCGGCUGAUCCAGGACUACUGCGCAGAGUUCGGGGGACAAGACGGAACCUUUCUGGUCAGAGAGAGCGACACCUACGUCACGGACUUCACCCUCUCCUUCUGGCGCAGUGGGAGAGUCCAGCACUGUCGUAUUCGCUCCGGCUCGGAGGGGGGGCUCACUUACUACUACCUGACGCCAAACCUGCACUUCCCCAGCGUCUACUCCCUGAUCCAGCACUACAGAGAAAACCCGCUGCGCUGCCAAGACUUCGAGCUGCGGCUCACGGACGCCGUGCCGCAGCCCAACCAACAUCUGAAAGAAGGGUGGUUCUACAGUAACCUGAGCAGAGGUCAGGCGGAGGACUACCUGCUGAGGAUUCCCAGAGACGGAGCGUUCCUCAUCCGGCAGAGAGAAGGAGAACCGGACUCCUUCGCCAUCACAUUCAGAGGCGACGGUAAGGUGAAACACUGCCGGAUCCAGAAGGAGGGCAACAUGUACCUGCUGGGCACCACCACCGAGUUUGAGAGUCUGGUGGAGCUGGUCAACUACUUCAAGAAGAAGCCGCUGUAUCGCAAGAUCAAGCUACGUUACCCGGUCACGAAGGAGCUGGUGGACCGCUUCGGCAGAGAGAGAGACUGUGCGUCUCUGUACGAGGUGAAGACGUACGUGGAGCCCAACGAGAUCGAGCCGUCACUGCCCAAAAAUACAGUUCUGGCUUUAUACGGCUACCCGGCUACGAGGCCGGACGAACUCAGCUUCUGCAAAGGAGCUUUGAUACACAACGUGACUAAGGAGAACAAUGGAUGGUGGCGAGGCGACCAUGGUGGAAAGAUACAACUGCUCUUCCCAUCGAACUAUGUAGAGGAGAUGUCCAACAACCUCCAACCUGAGAGCAGAGGACAGGACAUUGAAGACAACCCGCUGGGUGAACUGUGUAAGGGUGUCGUGGACAUCUCGAAGUGCAACAUCCAAAACUUGACGCACGGUAAGAACGGGAAGCCCCACGUGUUGACGCUGCAGGACAUGGAGCAGGACAACCUGCAGUUCGACCUGGCGGCAGGAUCCGUGGAGGAGCUGUUCGAAUGGUACCAGGUGGCCUGGAACAUCACCCAGAGAGAGAUGAGCAAGCAGUACCACAGGGAGCAAGAGAUGCGACAGCAGGUGGAAGUGGAGAAGAAGGCAGAGGUUGCCAGAGAGAUGUCGGACCUGGUGGUCUACUGUCAGCCACUCAGCAAAGAGAAGGACCGCUUCGACAGCUUCAGCUACAAGGAGAUCCGCUCCUUCGUGGAGAACAAGGUGCCGGGGAAGAGCCGCACCAAGGACUUCCUGCAGUACAACUGCAAGGCUCUGAGUCGCGUCUACCCGAAGGGCCAGCGGGUGGAGUCCUCCAACUACGACCCCUACCCACUGUGGGCGGCCGGCUGCCACAUGGUGGCGCUCAACUUCCAGACGGCAGAUAAAUACGCCCAGCUGAACAGCGCCCUCUUCAGUCUGAACGGACGCACGGGCUACCUGCUGCAGCCGGAGCUCAUGCGCUGCGACACCUACGACCCGCACCAGGAGAAGAACAAGGUCAAGUACAACAUUGUGGUCAGGGUGAUCGCCGCCCGACACCUGCCGAAGCCCGGCCGCAGCAUCGCCAGUCCGUUUGUCGAGAUCGAGCUUUGCGGCCACACGGAGGAGAAGAGCAAGACCAUCGUCUAUCGUGACAACGGUCUGAACCCGGUGUGGAAAGCCCCCGCGGAGCCCGUGGUCUUCUCCGUGUACGAGCCCGAGCUCACCUUCCUGCGCUUUGUGGUCAACGAGGAGGACAUGUUCUCAGACCCCAACUUCCUGGCCCAGGCCACGUUUCCUGUCAAGGGCCUCCGCUCAGGUUACCGCUCUGUAACUCUGAAGAACGGCUACAGUGAAAACUUAGAGUUGGCCUCACUACUGGUCUACAUCAAUAUACAGCAGUCGGGGAGAGCAGCAGAGGAGCUCUACUCGUCCUCCUGCCAGCUGAAGAAGAAGCAGGUCGACCUCGGCGGUGACCUUCUCCUGUACGACACUCACGCCAACAUCCAGCGCUCCGCCGCCGCCGCCCCUCGCCAACACAACCUCACCAGAGAGUUCAGCACCAGCGAGAGACAAAGGACGAAGGAAAAGAAGAUCGACAACAGCAAGUUCUUCUACUGAGAACUCGGCAGAGCCUCACCGCUCCACGUGCGUCCUGCCGGAGCAGCGUCUUCCAGCUGGGACGUCGUCUGAGUUCUUUCUGUUUCGAUACCAGAAAUUCCCAAGCAUUUAAUAUUUCCCCCCAAAUAGUUUUCUAUUUAAUUAAGAUUAAAAAAUUGGGUGCUGUCAAUAUUUUCUCAGGUAUGGAAAAGUGGACACGUUCAUGUUCUUCUUGUCCAUCUCCUGUGGGGCCGGAGCAGUUCUUUAAUUCUUCUGCUUGUGCCAGUCAUCGUAAACGUCAACGCUUGGAUGAUAUUUAUUGAAGAAACUAAAGAUGAGUGUCUGCUCACUGUAAUAACAGUUUGACGGUUUCACUGCAGGGACCUCGAGUUGACUCAUUUCAAAAUGCUGAUGAAGUUCAAUUAAAAAAAGGAAAGACUGCAGUUCUUAUUGCUGUGAAGCUCUUUUUCUCCGUGUGGUGAUGAUGUUGAUGUUGAAUCUGUGAAUGUGAAGUUGAAUUCAUGAGGACGAGGAACGUGAUCCAACGUAAUGAGACAAUUCCAUGUAUUUUAUAUGAAGGGAGAUUUAUGGUGUUAUGUGUUUUCUUUUAUGAGUUGUCAAUAAAACUUGCUCGGUGCAA